AUGAAGCACGUCUCUACAGUCUUUUUCUUCCUCUCCACUCUCCUCCUCACAGUCUCCGUCAAUUCUCUACCACCCCCACUGUUUCCCGAUGAAGCUCUCCCAACUAAAUCCGGUUACCUUCCGGUUAAACCCGCUCCUGGCUCCUCCAUGUUCUAUACCUACUACGAAGCCCAAAACCCAAUCACUCCUCUUCCCAACACUCCCCUCCUCGUCUGGCUCCAAGGUGGGCCAGGCUGCUCCUCCAUGAUCGGAAACUUCCACGAGCUUGGCCCUUGGCGCGUGCUUUCAAACGCCACCAAGCUAGAACCAAACCCUGGCGCCUGGAACCGCCUCUUCGGUCUACUUUUCUUGGAUAACCCCAUCGGAGUCGGAUUCAGCAUCGCCGCUUCGAAACAAGACAUACCAAAGAAUCAGAGACAGGUGGCAGAACAACUCUACGCAGCUCUCGCCGAGUUCAUGGAUCAAAACCCCGGUUUUCAAAACCGACCGGUUUACAUAACCGGCGAGAGCUACGCUGGUAAAUACGUUCCCGCCAUUGGAUAUUACAUCCUCAAAGAAAAAAACAACGGGAAAGUGAAUCUAAUGGGCCUUGCUAUCGGAAACGGGUUGACCGAUCCGGUGAACCAGAUCCGGACACACGCGGUCAACGCUUACUACUCGGGUUUAGUCAACGCGAAACAGAGAGAGGAGCUUGAGAGAGGUCAAGAGGUAGCUAUAGCUCUCGUGAAGGCUCAGAGAUGGCGGGAAGCAACAGAAGCGAGAACUAAAUUACUGACGCUACUUCGCAACAUGACGGGACUCGCGACGCUAUACAACCAAGCGCGGAUGAUACCGUACAGGACUGACCUCGUGGUUGACCUCAUGAACCUUAGAGAGGCGAAAAAAGUUUUGGGAGUGAGCGAAACGGUGCGUUUUGAGGAAUGCAGUGAUGACGUGGACGAGGCUUUACGUGAAGAUGUGAUGAAGAGCGUGAAGUUCAUGGUGGAGUAUGCCUUGGAGAGAACCAACGUGUUGUUGUAUUACGGUAUGUUGGAUCUUAGAGACGGCGUCGUUUCGGCGGAGGAGUGGAUGGAGACCAUGGAGUGGUCGGGGUUGGGUGCGUUUUUGAAUGCGGAGAGGAAAGUGUGGAAGGAUGGAGACGGUGAUCUGGCUGGGUAUGUUCAGAGGUGGGGGAAUUUGACACACGUGGCGGUUUCGGGAGCAGGGCAUCUUGUUCCGACGGAUAAAGCUGUGAACUCGAGGGAUAUGAUUGAAGGUUGGGUUUUGGGCAAAGGCUUGUUCGGUGGUGGUGGUGAUGUUGUGAAACAGAAGUUACGGUCGAGCUUUUUAGCUUCUUCGUGAGUUUUAAAUUUGGAAAUAUCUAAAAUAAGAUUCUGAAAUGUACUAGUUGUGUUAGUGUGUUGUGUCUGAAUAAGAGUAUGAUUCAAAAUGUACUUAGGAAAAUUUGUUUGUACGGUCAAACAACUGAUUAAACUGAUCUCAAUUCAAGUGUUAAUCAUUUGUUUUGACAUUCAGUUCUUGAUUCGGUUAACUAGUAAGCCAAUUAGGCUUCUAUGUAACAGAAACUGCAGCAGCAGAAGAUUGACCACAAAAUAAGAGCAUCUCCA